AUUAGGCGCGUUUAAGGAUCGUACGAGAAGGAUAAACAUGAUUAGUCGAGAAGAUGAAGAAGAAGGUGCAUCAUGGGUAGUAUUCAUGUGGAGCCACUCACUGCCUGUGGAGACGACACAGCGUGUUGUGGAGGCAAUAGAGAGGGAAGACAGAUUUUUCAUUCAAUUUCCACGAAAGAAGAGAACCUUGAGGAUUCCUAUCUCUACUUCUUCUUAUACUACUGCACUAGAGGAGAAUGUGACUGAAGAAGACCCUCCCAAAGUCAAUAUUAUUGAUGAACCAUUAACUAAACCUCCAUCAAAACGCAAGAGAUGUUCUCUUUUGCUCCAUCCAACGGAAGAAAAACCUAAGAAAGCAAAACGCAAGGCCAACGGUUGUUUUGAUGCAGGAGCCUCUUCUUCUGGAACGAGAGAGCCGACGCCGGAGUGGCUGGUGAGGUUGAUGAGGGUAAAGAAGGGAGAAAAUCCUAUAAAUUUCAUAAAUAAAAAACUGACCGCAACCGAUGUCGGAUCACGUCAACGUCGUCUCUCCAUGCCUUUCGGCCAGAUCAAAGAUUUUGAUUUCUUGAGCCCCGCUGAAAAAAGGAUCAUAGAAGAACAUGCCAAUAACGAACGUGAAGAAGGAGUAGACGUGAUACUCGUGGCUUCUGAUCUAAGGGAAUUUAAGUUGAAUUUGAGGAGAUGGGUCAUGGGGACCUCUCCUCUAUACAUUUUGGUUUCAGGGUGGAAUAAGGUGGUCAAAGAAUGCCGUCUAGAGGAAGGUAAUAAGAUUCGCCUCUGGUCUUUCCACGUUAAUGACCAGCUCUAUAUCGCUAUGGUUCCUCUUUCGCCAACUGAGUCCGGCAAUUCCGUAUCCGAGAGGAUAAGCCCUGCGUUAGUGAUCAAGGACAAAGCUAAUGAUGGCUUGCCGCACAAAUCGAGUAGUGAUCAUCAUCAAUGGAUACAUAACUAUAACUUGAAGCAGCUUUUCGUUCCAAGCUCAUGUCCAAACCUCUCUGUUUCAAACUCUCAGCACCUUCCUUUGAACCAGAGUGUUGCGGCCAUAGUGUUUGGAGGAGGAUCAGAUACUGAGCUUUAUCCACUGACCAAAACAAGAUCCAAAGGAGCAAUCCCCAUUGCAGCAAACUACAGACUUAUUGAUGCAGUCAUCAGUAAUUGCAUCAACAGUGACAUCACCAAAAUCUAUGCAAUCACUCAGUUUAAUUCCACUUCUCUCAAUUCACAUCUCUCUAAAGCUUACAGUGGAUUUGGACUCGGGAAAGACAGAUUCGUUGAAGUCAUUGCCGCUUAUCAGAGCCUGGAAGAUCAAGGAUGGUUUCAGGGAACUGCUGAUGCGAUAAGAAGAUGCUUGUGGGUAUUUGAAGAGUUUCCAGUGACAGAAUUCUUGGUUCUUCCUGGGCAUCAUCUCUACAAAAUGGAUUAUAAGACGCUAAUCGAAGAUCAUAGAAGAAGCAGAGCGGAUAUAACCAUUGUUGGACUAAGCUCUGUUACAGACCAUGACUUUGGUUUCGGUUUCAUGGAAGUUGAUUCCACAAAUCUAGUCACUAGAUUCACUAUCAAGGGUCAACAAGAUUUGAUCUCUGUGGAGAACAGAACAACAACAAGGAGUGAAGGAACGUCUUCUUGCUCUGUCCCAAGCGCAGGUAUUUACGUGAUUGGUCGAGAACAGAUGGUGAAGCUUCUGAGAGAAAGUUUGAUAAAAGCAAAAGAUUUGGCCAGCGAAAUCAUUCCUGGUGCAAUCUCUGAAGGAAUGAAGGUGAAAGCUCAUAUGUUUGAUGGAUACUGGGAAGAUGUGAAGAGCGUUGGAGCUUACUAUAGAGCGAACAUGGAGAGUAUUAAGAGGUGUAGAUCGGACUCCAAUUAUAGAUUCUAUGACAAACAAUGUCCUCUAUACACAAUGCCUCGGUGUUUGCCUCCAAGCUCCAUGAGUGAAGCUGUAAUAACCAACAGUAUUAUCGGAGACGGUUGCAUUCUCGAUAGAUGUGUCAUCAGAGGAUCGGUGGUUGGAAUGAGAACAAGAAUCGCUGAUGAAGUGAUUGUAGAGGAUUCAAUCAUCGUCGGUUCUGAUAUUUAUGAGAUGGAAGAAGAUGAGAGAAGAAAAGGGAAGGAGAAGAAGAUAGAGAUUCGAAUAGGGAUCGGUGAAAAGAGUCGCAUAAGAAGAGCCAUUGUUGAUAAAAAUGCCAGGAUUGGUAAAAACGUUAUGAUUAUAAACAGAGACAAUGUUGAAGAAGGAAACCGAGAAGCUCAAGGAUACGUUAUAAGAGAAGGAAUCGUUAUCAUACUUCGAAACGCAGUGAUCCCAAACGACUCCAUCCUCUGAAAUUUUUUCCUAUUUUAUAAAAUCCAUCAUUUUUC